GAGCCAUGAAGAUAGCCGUGUGUACACAGAGGGGGAGGAAUCAGACGAAAGAAUCAGCUUUGUGUGUAGCGGCAGUGUUUUGAAAGCCGAGGCCGGACGGAGAUUUGGCCUAGACCCAGCUGCCCAAUAGGAAACCUUGGAAGUGGGAGGGGAUUCUUUUACAUAGUCGCGAGAAUUAACGGUAGGAAGACCGAGCUUUAAAGACAGCGACGAAGAGGAAGCCAAGUGAGCCACCGCUAGUGAUGUAAUGGGCACAGAUUGAUAGGCCAUGUCUGUUGCUGCCUUCUCCGGACUGCCCCGGCUUUGCCUGCUUCUGCUUUCUGUACCUAUACAGCUGACAGGAUCUGCGGCACUGAAAUGUCACUGUGAACACUGUUCAAAAGAUAAUCAGACCUGUGUUACUAAUGGAAUGUGCUUGGCAUCGGUGAUAUUACAAGAUGGUAAAGAAACACACAACAGCAUGUGUAUUAAUGAAGUGGACCUUAUUCCACGGGACAGACCAUUCAUGUGUGCGCCCUCUUCAAAUAAUGGCAUUUACACUAUUCCUUUCUGCUGUGAUGAGGAUUUUUGCAACAAGAAAAUUCGGCCUUCAGUUGUUCCAUCAACGAAACCUAUUACUAUUUUUAGUCCGGUGGAGUUGGCAGCGAUUAUUGCUGGGCCUGUUUGUUUUAUCUGUAUUUUACUGAUGUUAAUUCUAUAUAUUUGCCACAAUCGCACGGUUAUCCAUCAUCGUGUUCCAAAUGAGGAAGAUCCUUCAAUGGACAGGCCCUUCAUAUCAGAGGGAACAACGCUUAAAGAUUUAAUAUAUGAUAUGACCACAUCCGGAUCUGGUUCAGGUCUGCCAUUGCUUGUGCAGAGAACUAUUGCGAGAACCAUCGUUUUGCAAGAAAGCAUUGGCAAAGGUCGCUUUGGGGAAGUGUGGCGAGGCAAGUGGAGAGGAGAAGAAGUGGCAGUCAAGAUUUUUUCAUCAAGAGAGGAACGCUCAUGGUUCAGAGAGGCAGAAAUCUAUCAAACUGUGAUGCUGCGCCAUGAAAAUAUUUUGGGCUUUAUUGCUGCGGAUAACAAAGAUAAUGGCACAUGGACACAGCUUUGGUUGGUGUCUGAUUAUCAUGAGCAUGGUUCACUAUUUGAUUACCUAAACAGGUAUACUGUAACAGUGGAAGGGAUGUUAAAGCUGUCAUUAUCCACUGCAAGUGGCUUGGCUCAUCUCCACAUGGAAAUUGUUGGGACACAAGGAAAGCCAGCUAUAGCCCACAGAGAUCUGAAAUCGAAAAAUAUAUUGGUAAAGAAAAAUGGAACUUGCUGCAUAGCAGACCUGGGCUUAGCUGUCCGACAUGAUUCUGCUACAGAUACAAUUGAUAUUGCACCAAAUCACAGAGUUGGAACUAAAAGAUAUAUGGCUCCAGAGGUACUGGAUGAUUCUAUAAAUAUGAAACAUUUUGAGUCCUUUAAACGUGCUGAUAUCUAUGCAAUGGGAUUAGUUUUCUGGGAAAUUGCUCGACGCUGUUCCAUUGGUGGAAUACAUGAGGACUAUCAGUUACCUUACUAUGAUUUUGUUCCAUCUGACCCAUCAGUAGAGGAGAUGAAGAAGGUGGUUUGCGAGCAGAAAUUAAGACCAAACAUUCCCAAUCGAUGGCAGAGUUGUGAAGCAUUGCGUGUGAUGGCUAAAAUAAUGAGAGAAUGUUGGUAUGCCAAUGGAGCAGCAAGACUUACUGCUUUACGCAUCAAGAAAACCCUAUCACAGCUUAGCCAGCAAGAAGGCAUAAAGAUGUAGUUUAUCACCCUGGACUGAAUUAUGCUAAAUUUUACCUAUUUGGUUCAUUCAAUCUGAAGAUUCAUUGUUCUACCUCACUGAGGAAACGGCCCAAGAUUGCUGCCUUUUUGAAACAUCAUAGGAUAAACAUAAAGCUCAAUGCAUACAUGCAGCAAAGUGUGUAGUCCUCGCUUUAUGUAUGUUGCAAUCUCCAUUUUCCCAGAACAUUUUGUAAAUGUGUAUUUAGUAUUAAUUUUAGUACCAAUGACAAUGCUGUUUUUUAUAUAUAAUUCAUCAAUGCACCCUACCUUGUGCCAUUUUUUCUUUUUGGUAUUACUUUUUUUUAAAACACCAGUACAGUAAAAAAAAAAAAAAAGUUUCUGUUCAGCUCAUUUCACAGCCUUUAAAUGUCAUAUUGCUCAAAUACCAUGUGGUGUUUUCUGGAUAUCUCUUAUGCAAGUUCCUUUUAUAUACAGUACAAUACAACUUGCCUUCAAAAUUAUAUGUAAUACCAGUAAGUGCCACACAGUUUGUAUGUAUCGGUACACAUUUUUAUCUUUUUUAGUAUUCAAUAUUAUGCAACAUUUUAAAGUUGUACAACAAAAAUAGCUACUAAAAUGUAAAGAAAAAAAUGUUUUAGAGUAUAGUUCUUCAGAAUUCUUUGGUGAGUUAUCUAAAUACAAAGUCCAGCAGCUAGAAUUGAUAUCGAUUUUGAGUGGAUGUUGAAGAGGGUCGGGGGGGUAGUAAUAAAUAAAGUAUGGUAUACCUUGACAUUAUUGGUCCAUCUGAAGGCAAUCAAGAUUUUAGCUACCGUUGGGGGGAUGAGUGGCUGUGUCUGUAGCUGUUGGCUGGUAUUGAAUUUACUGUUGUCCACCAAAAAUAAAUAUCAGUUUUGGCUGGGCUUAGACAUUC